UCCAGCAGUCAUCGCUCUGCCUCAGUCGUGUCUUUGGUGUCCACAGCGUUAAUAAUGCCCGAGAAGCUCCACCUCCUCCACCACCUUCUCUGYUAAUUUCAGCCUGAUCUGAGGGAGACGCAGCGCUGUGGCUCUGAGGACUGCCUGCCUGCCUGCCUGACACCCAACAUCCAUCAGCUUUUGGUCAGACUCAGCCUGACGCCUGAUUUUUUAACCCUGAGGACUUUCAAAAACAGAUCUAUUAUAAAUAUUAUCCGUGCACGCGGACUGGUCCGUAAUGACGCGGAGGAGGGCGCGCGGCUGAACGCGUGGAUCCUGCGCGCAGUUCCAGAGGAGGUGAAAGCACCUUGCAUCCAGCCAUGGGGGGUCAGAUCACCAGGAAUACUUUCUACGAUUCUCUGAAUGGGCCAUUUCCAUCAACGUCCCAUCGAUGCCACCACAAGUCCAAGCGCUGCCUGCCCAUCCAGCCAUGUGUCAAUUUGUCCUCCUUCCCGCUGCUCUUCCACCCCAGCACCAAGGGCUCCCAGAUCGUCAUGGACCUGGCCCAGAGGACCGUCAAGAGACAGGCCAGCUUCUGCAACGCCAUCACCUUCAGCAACAGACCCAUUGCUAUUUAUGAGCAAGUUCGACUAAAAAUAACUAAGAAGCAAUGCUGCUGGAGCGGCGCACUACGCCUUGGUUUCACAAUAAAAGACCCAUCAAGGAUCAAUCCAGACACUCUGCCCAAGUACGCCUGCCCCGACCUGGUCUGCCAAAGUGGCUUCUGGGCAAAAGCCCUGCCAGAGGAACUGUCCAACGAGGGCAACGUCAUCUCUUUUUGGGUGGAUAAGAAGGGCAGAGCUUUUUACCGGAUCAACAACUCCAGCCCCAUGCUGUUCUUCAGUGGUGUACACGUUGUGGAACCUCUUUGGGCUCUUAUAGAUGUCUACGGCCUUACCAGAGGAGUCCAGCUGCUGGACAGUGAAAUGGUCCCCCUGGACUGCAUGCGUCCUCGUUCCUUUGCCACCACCCACCGGGCCUCGAUACGGCGCAACAGUCACGACCCUCGCCUCUCCAUCAGCCUCUGCGACCUGAGCCUACAGCAGCAGGAGAUGCGUCUGGAGGAGGACGAUGAGGAAGAGGAACGGCUGCAGCCCCUGAGCUCCACUUCCUGCCACGUGCCCCAGAACUCUCAGAACUCCCAGCAGAGCUCGCUGCUGCCCAGCUCCUUGGACUCGGACCUGCAAUUCCACACGAUGCACGGCCUCCACGUCACCAUGCUGGACGAGCACACAGCGGCGCGGCCGGAUCACCGGGGCGACGAGCGGACCCAGGUGUUCACGAGCCGGCCGACGCGCUGCUCAGAGACGGUCUUUGUGAAAGUCAAAGCGGGAGCCGCCAGAGCCGGGUCGCUCUCUUACGGGGUGACAUCCUGUGACCCGGCCACCUUGAGGCCCAGUGAUCUCCCAUCAAACCCAGAGGCCCUGGUUGACCGCAAAGAGUUCUGGGCCAUGUGUAGGCUGGCGCUGCCACUCCACAGUGGGGAUAUUUUGGGCUUUGUGGUGAAUGCAGAAGGAGAGUUUACAAUGAGCCACAAUGGAGUCAGGGCAGGACUGCAGCUGUGCAUUGAUAACUCCAGACCUCUCUGGAUGUUCUUUGGCCUGCAUGGCACCGUCACACAACUCAGGAUUUUAGGCUCAUCUUUGCAUCCAGACCAGCGAGGCCYAUCGGUGCCCAGCUCCCCAUCAUCUACACCCAACACCCCAACAAUCCUCAGCAUCAGCAACUCUGAGUCAAACCUCAACACCCCACUGAACAUUAACCUCAAUUCGAGCCUUAACUCCAACUACAGCACGCUGUUCUCAUCCUCUGCAGGCACAACCCCAGGCUCUCCAUUUUCGAGCCAUCCAGAAUCCCCCACGUUCCCGCCCUGCUCCGACCCGUGGAGUGACGAAUGCACCAUCUGCUACGAGAACGCGGUGGACACCGUCCUCUACGCCUGUGGACACAUGUGUCUCUGCUACACGUGCGGCCUGAAGCUCAAGAAGAUGCCCAACGCGUGCUGCCCCAUCUGCCGGAGGACAAUCAAAGAUAUCAUCAAGAUCUACCGGAGCACGUAGGCUCGUGUCGGAUGAGCUCGAGAUGUUAUCAAAGCCAUGUAAGGUUACAGCACAAGUGAGAGACCUGCAUGUUUGUGUAUUUGUGUGUGAUCAGGCUCAGGUACUCAACGCCAGGACUUAGUUAYAAAUGCACAUCAUUGCUAUUUUCAAUAGAAGUAAAAAAAUAACGGUGCUGCUUAAAAAAAAACGAGGUGAGCRGCAAAGCUCUGAGCCACUUCUGUUGUAGAGAAAGAGCUAUCUGAAGAGCCAUAUGCCCCACUUCCCAUCGAGUAACCCUCUCAUUCCUCCCAGUGAUAGCACCGUCCAAGUAAAGUAAGAUUGUCCAGAGCUGUGGAAAAUAACAAACAGAAUCAAUCUGCGGCUUCACCAGCUGCUCCUCCGCGUCUUGUCAGGAAGCGUUGAGUCAGAGCGCUGUUUGAGAGGGAGAAUCAAUUCUCGCCUAAAUCCAAGAAAAAAAUCAAAGGGAAGAGAGUUUUAUUUGAGAUUUCCAGAAGGCAUCUAGAUAUCAGAGGCAAAAUAAGUGGAAGGUGCUGAGAAAAACGGGUUUGCGAGCCAGCAAUGUUAUAAAAUAAAACCUAAAGCUUUGGGUAAAAAAAAGAAAAACAUAUAUCUCUAUAAUAUAUUUCAGAUAAGUAAUAAGUGAAGUAUUUUCCCUGAAUAUCUCAGCGUUUGCAUUUCUUCAAAACUUCAGGUGAAGUGAAAUGAGUAAUAAAAAAAAGUGUGAAGGAUUUCACUGCUGAAGGUCACAUUUGUGGCGACUGGGGAUGUGAGUCAGUGAAGUCGAAGCCAAAGAGGGAAGAUGAGGAUGUAUGUUUGAGAUGGAAACAAGAGGAGGAGGAGGGGACGUGUGCGCCUGUUGUGCUGUUUAUUCACGCAGAUAUUUUGCUUCUUGGCAGCCGUGCCCACCUUCUCUGGCCGCUUGCAAUGCCGAGAGAGCACAUUAAGAUAAUGAAUUCAAAUCUUCUUUUUUGCGAAAAUCUCUGAAAAGCCCAGGUCUCUGCUAACUUCAGGUUGUGCAUUUAUUGUAUCUGUGAUUAAAACAGGUGAUGAUGUAUUUAUGUACAUGGCAUCUUUAAGUGGUAAAAAUUCACACAUGUGCCAUCAUUGACAGGGAUUUCAUGCUUUUGUGACUUUUUUUUUGUUUUGUUUUGUUUUUGCAUAUCAGUUUCUGAGCGCAGCUCUUUGUAAAAGCUAGCUCGUGUUAUUCUCAUUUUUUCUCCUCAUAUGUUGUAUAUUAUUCUGAUAUUUUAACUGGUAGGGAAACCCAGAUGCUUUUUUUAUGUUGCUGUUUUCUCUGAAACACAAAGUGACUCCUGUGAUGUUGCAGAUKUUGCUUUGCUUUCRAAGUGCUGAAGCUUUUCAUCUCAUCAYUGUAGAAGGAAAAACUACCACUWACGUGUUUGUUGUGGAGCAUUUAUAUCAACUUUCUGAGCUUGUCUGAAUGAAAUCUAAACAAAUUUAUCUAUCAGAUGUAAAAACCAAGAGGAAAAACAUCAUUUUUUCUCAUUAUAAAUUCUCUUUUUAUUGUGUUUCUUACAUUUAGAGAUUUAACCAUAAGUAUACAUUGACAUUUUUUUUAAAUACUUGUAAACUUGUGCACMUUUCUUAUCUGCUAAAGAUCAAAUGUUUAACUCCAUGUCACUCCAUUGUACAGUACUGGAAUUUUUGUUCUGAGCUUGUACUUUUCUACCUGGUUGUUUUUCAUUUUUUGACCAAAUAUGAACUAAGAGAGUUACAUUUUUUAUGUGGUAUUUUAUUAGAAAAUAAAAUGCUAGUGAGUAUUGAAAUCUUAGCUGUACAUUUAAAAGUGUAUUUAUUUUUCAAUGUUAAUAUAAAGAAUUUUCACUGUGUGAUUAUGGUGUUCAAAAUGUUUAAAAAAAGAUGCAAAGUUAAAGAUUCAUGUUGGGGACUAGUUUCAUAUUUUAUAUUUUUUGGAAAUUGUGAUCAUCAUCUAAAUGACGAUGAUGCUGAACUCCAAUAAUAGAUCUUAUAUGUAUUUUCUAAUUGAAUUACCUAUGUUAAAACUGAUACCAUACAACCAUAUUUAAAAAUAUACUAUGAUGUCAUAUUUUAAAUGAGAGUUAAACCCAACAUAUCAAAUACUGGAAGUGAAAUCCUUCAUUUUAGUUUUGAUGCCUGUAACAUUAGAUGCAAAAAAUAGAUGAAAAAUCUGACUUUUUUUUUGCAGAAAUUCUCAAUUAUUAGGUAUAAAAAAUAAAAUAUUUAAAAAUGCCCUUAGCUAUUUUAGCAAUAUGAUUCAUUCUAAAUCACAAUCUAAACAUGCUGAACCACUGAAAACUUGUGACACAUCGUGACACUACAAAACUAAUAUAGUACGUUCUGGAUCAUUGGGCUAAUGAAAACGUCCUUUCAAAAUAAAAACUGAGUGGUUUCUCUUAGAUCCCAAGCAGAUGCUUUUAAAACAAAGUUAUGUGAUUCUUAUAAAAACAUUCAAAAACCAAUUCAAAAUGAGCAUAAAUUUGAUAACCGUCUUUGUAGAAUGUACAUCAGUUUGCAAAUCAUUUCACGAUGCUUUUAUUUACAUGAACAGCAUCCCAAGCAUUCAUCAUUUUUUUAAAACAGGGCUGAGUGGAAGAAAAAAAAUAACUAUAAGCACAUGUUCAUCUGGUUCCUGCUACAGAUUUUGGACUGGUUGUUUGUACCAAGCGCACAACAGUGUUCGUGUUCGUUAUUCUAAAAACAAAGUAUUAUUAACAGGAACAAAAGGAAGACGUUCCCCUCAAAAUAUCACAAUUUUACUAUGUUUAGGACGUAAACUCAUCAGAUCAAAAGAGUCAAAACUCACAUUGGUCUGCCUGCAGUUGCCUGGCAACAGGUUUCUGCAAAAAAUAAAAUAAAAUAAAUCAUACCAUAACAGAGUUUUAUUUGUACUCUAAAAGCUGUGGGACAUGAAAGUUGGUGCUCGUGCAGGACCAGGUUUAGUCUGCAAGUCUUUCAGGGUUUAACAGGACAUAACUGCACCAUGUGCACUCAGACUUUAUUGAUGAAAACUCUUUUUAUCCAUAUGAUAAAAGCCAUAUAAUAAAGCCUAUUAUAUUUUUGCCUCUAUAUCAACAUUGUGUGGUAAUCAUUUUUGAUGUGACCAAAACUAUUUUGCUCAAGAUCUAAAGAUGGGAAAUCAAGAAAUGAUGUUUGUUUAUUGGAAUAUUAACUUGUCAUUUUGAUUCACUGGGUUUUCUUCAAUGGGUGUUGAUAUCUUUGCUAAUUAURUUUGGUUUAAGAAAUAAAAUUUAAGACACUG